AGUGUCAUAGAGAUGAGGAGCCUGCGCACUGCCUGUUCUGUCAGUUGAAUGGGAGACACAGAAGUCACGUGAGUGUGUGUGUGUUCGUGUAUGUGAGAGUGUGUGUAAGAGAGAUAAAGACGGGGGGAGGGAAUAUGAACUGAAUGGGCACACAUGCUGGCUGAUGUAAUAAAACAAUGCUCUGAUCACAACGGAGUGAGAAGUUACCCAAGAGAGAAGGAGAUAUAAUAGGCAGUCCCACUCCAUCACAAGGUCCUUUAUGCAAGUUGUUUACUGGCUGUGCCCCUGCCCUUCACCAUGACUCUCCUAACCCACGUGCUGGCAUGCCUUUUUGGCAUGGGCUCCUGGGUGGCCAUCAACGGGAUGUGGGUGGAGCUGCCCCUCAUCGUGCCAGAAAUCCCAGAGGGUUGGUACCUGCCCUCUUACCUCACUGUGCUCAUCCAGAUGGCCAAUGCGGGGCCCCUUUUCGUCACCCUCAUGCAUCGCUUCCGCCCGGGCAAGCUGGACGAGCGACCCGUCAUCUACUCCAUAGUGGGCCUGGGCGUGGUCGCCACCUUCCUCCUGGCCUUCUUCUGGAAGCACACGGUGCCCUUAGCGGGCGCUACGCAUAGUGUCCCCCUUCUAGUGCUCUGUUUCCUAAUCUCUGUGGUGGACUGCACCUCCUCGGUCACCUUCCUGCCCUUCAUGAUGCGCCUCGGUCCCCAGUACCUCACUACGUACUUUGUAGGGGAGGGCGUUAGUGGCUUGGUGCCUGCCGUAGUGGCUCUGGUGCAGGGGGUGGGGGUGGUUCACUGUCGGAAUGCUACAGUGGCUAGCCUAGCCAAUGGGACCUUAGGGGUUAACGCCACUGUAGGGGCCAGUGGAGAGCUCCAGGCUCAAUACCAGCCCGCUAACUUCUCGGCCCAGGUCUUCUUCCUCUUCCUCAGUGCCAUGAUGGUGGUGUGUCUGGCCGCCUUCCUCCUGCUCAACCACCACCCGGCCGUGGCCAGGGAGAGGAAGUGCGAGCUAUACUUCAAUGGAGGCCUGGCAGAGGAGAAGAGUGACCAAGCCCUGUCCCUGUCUCACAGACCUCAAGAGGAGAAGGCCAUGAUCAGUUCUCCGGAUAGCCACCGGAGAGCCCGGCGGAGCUCCUUCGGGACGGGCUUCUACAGUGGGCCGGAGCUGGCGUUCAUCUUUGUGGUUCUGGCUUGGGUCAAUGCCCUGACCAAUGCAGUGCUGCCCUCAGUGCAGUCUUACUCCUGUCUGCCCUACGGGAACCAGGCCUACCAUCUGGCGGCCACCAUGGCAGCCGUGGCCAACCCCGUGGCCUGCUUCAUUGCCAUGUUCCUGCCCUUAAGGUCGUUGGUGCUGAUUGGGCUUCUGACAAUAGUUGGGACAGGGUUUGGUACUUACAUCAUGGCCAUGGCUGCACUGAGCCCCUGUCCUCUACUGGUCCACAGCGUCUCAGGCACCGCACUCAUAGUCAUAGCCUGGAUGUUGUUUGUCCUGACCCUCUCCUAUGUGAAGGUGAUCAUUGGGGUGAUCCUUCGGGAUGAGGGUCACAGCGCCCUCGUCUGGUGUGGAGCAGUAGUGCAACUUGGCUCCAUGCUGGGUGCCCUGUCCAUGUUUCCCUUGGUCAGUGUCUAUGGACUCUUCAAAUCAGGGGACCCUUGUAACACCAAGUGCACAAAGUAGGGAUCAAUACGUGGCUUACUGUUGAAACUCACUGUAGAAAACAAAAAUGGUUGACACUGGAAAUAUAUCUUUCAUCAUGUGAGUUUGCCUCUUUAAACUGAUUUUGAGGUAUCUCGUCUGUUGCGUAAGCAAUGAAAUAUCUUCCUAUGGUUGCGGAAGGAUCUCUUUGAAGCACAUCCUCAGAUUAGGAACUAAAUGGUACCAAAUCGCUUGUGUUUAUUUACUGUUGAAUUAAGUUUCAAAACGUUUUGCCUCAGAUGUAGGGCCUUAAUUUGAUCAUCCUGUUCCAACAUAGAUUUUUCUGCAAUGCAGGAACUUAAAAGGUUUAAAAGGUUUAAAAGGCUUCUGAAGUUUGCAAUUUCCACUUUGACAUUUCAGACUUAAUUUUCCCUUGCGAAAAAAAUAUCAUCCCCUACAAAAAUGCCCAUGAAUUAUAAUCCAAAUAAUAAUUCAAAUUGCUUGUUGUUGCAGGAUUAUUUUCCUGCUGUAGCAAACUGGCUCAAAUGAAGAUACGAAAUCUAUACAGUGUGCCCUAAUGAAUACGACUCAGUUUGCCUAUAUUGAAGUAAACACCAUGGGAGGCCAGUGUAUUGAUGUCUCAGACUAGACUUUUAUUGUUACAAAGGCCACAAAGAUGAUCAAAUUUUAUUGCUAAGCUUUUUACAAAGGUUAAAGAAGAUUAAUGCCUUUUUUUUUGCUUGAAGGGUAAUUAAGUAUAGUGAUAUAAUAGUGAUGAUUGGAAUAUGUUACUGGGACAAAACAGUGUCUUAAUUUUUGAGUUUCUAGUACUGCAAAUGUCAACAAAAAGAUAAUUUAUGUUUAUUCUUUACCAGUCUAUAAUUUAUGGGAGUUUUUCAAAACCAACGUUUGUGUUACAUUAUUUGUAUACGACCUUACUGCAGUUAUAAUGCAAUGUACUGUAAUUAUGUAUGGCUCAUGUCAAUUCAAAUGUAUACUUAUGUACAUGUUUUGUAUUUCUGUACUAAUUGCUGACCUCAUUAUCAACUUUCUGUGGUUUAUUUAUCACCAGGAUGGAUAUAAAGCAUCACUGUAAUCCUAAUCAUACUUACAGUUGAAGUCGGAAAGUUUACAUACACCUUAGCCAAAAACAUUUAAACUCAGUUUUCACAAUUCCUGACAUCUAAUCCUAGUAAAAAUUCCCUGUCUUAGGUCAGUUAGGAUCUUUAUUAGUUAGGAACUUUAUUUUAAGAAUGUGAAAUGUCAUAUUAAUAGUAGAGAGAAUGAUUUAUUUCAGCUUUUAUUUCUUUCAUCAUAUUCCCAGUGGGUCAGAAGUUUACAAUAACUCAAUUAGUAUUUGGUAGCAUUGCCUUUAAAUUGUUUAACUUGGGUCAAAUGUUUUGGGUAGCCUUCCACAAGCUUCCCACAAUAAGUUGGGAGAAUUUUGGCCCAUUCCUCCUGACAGAGCUGGUGUAACGGACACAGGUUUGUAAGGCCUUCUUGCUCGCACACGCCUUUUCAGUUCUGCCCACAAAUUUUCUAUAGGAUUGAGGUCAGGACUUUGCGAUGGCCACUCCAAUACCUGGACCCAUUUGCAACCAAGCUUUGACUUCUUGACUGAUGUCUUGAGAUGUUGCUUUAAUAUAUCCACAUAAUGUUCCUACUUCAUGAUGCAUUCUAUUUUGUGAAAUGCACCAGUCCCUCCUGCAGCAAAGCACCCCCACAACAUGAUGCUGUCACCCCCUUGCUUCACGGUUGGGAUGGUGUUCUUCGACUUGCAAGCCUCCCCCUUUUUCCUCCAAGCAUAACAAUGGUCAUUAUGGCCAAACAGUUCUAUUUUUGUUUCAUCAGACCAGAGGACAUUUCUCCAAAAAGUAUGAUCUUUGUCCCCAUGUGCACUUGCAAACCGUAGUCUGGCUUUUUGAUGGCGGUUUUGGAGCAGUUACUUCUUCCUUGCUGAGCAGCCUUUCAGGUUAUGUUGAUAUAGGACUUGUUUAACUCUGGAUAUAGAUACUUUUGUACCUGUUUCCUCCAGCAUCUUCACAAGGUCCUUUGCUGUUGUUCUGGGAUUGAUUUGCACUUUUCACAUCAAAUUACAUUAAUCUCUAGGAUACAGAACACAUCUCCUUCCUGAGCAGUAUGACGGCUGCGUGGUCCCAUGGUGUUUAUACUUGAGUACUAUUGUUUGUACAGAUGAACAUGGUACCUUCAGGCGUUUGGAAAUUGCUCCCAAGGAUGAAAGACUUGUGGAGGUCCACAGUUUUGGCUGAUUUCUUUUGAUUUUCCCAUGAUGUCAAGCAAAGGGGCACUGAGUUUGAAGGUAGGCCUUGAAAUACAUCCACAGGUACACCUCCAAUUGACUCAAAUGAUGUCAAUUUGCCUAUCAGAAGCUUCUGAAGCCAUGAUAUCCUUUUCUGGAAUUUUCCAAGCUGUUUAAAGGCACAGUCAACUUAGUGUAUAUAAACUUCUGACCAACUGGAAUUGUGAUACAGUGAGUUGUAAGUGAAACAAUUUGUUUGUAAACAAUUGUUGGAAAAGUGACUUGUGUCGUGCACAAAGUAGAUGUCCUAACCAACUUGACAAAACUCUAGCUUGUUAUCAAGAAAUUUGUGGAGUGGUUGAAAAAUGAGUUUUAAUGACUCCAACCUAUGUGUAUGUAAACUUCCGACUUCAACUGUAGAUACUUUGACCAGUAGAUGUCAGGCUAAGGUAAUGGUAACACAAACUGAGAGUGAGAUGCGAGACCUGAACAGAGCAGGGGUCCACAUCCUGGAAUUACAGCUCAGACCUAUGGAUAUCACAUACGCCUUCAAUCUGCCAGCAAGAUCUAAUGGGAACAUAUAUAGCUAUGAAUACAACUUUUUUUUUAAAUAAGUUGUCCUAACCGACUUGCCAAAACUAUCGUUUGUUAACAAGAAAUUUGUGGAGUUUUAAUGACUUCAACCUAAGUGUAUGAAAACUUCUGACUUCAACUGUACCAUGAAAAUAGCCCUUUCAUAAUAAGCCAUAUUCAAGAUAAUUGUAUAAAUAUCACUAUAUCACAUUGAUAACGAUGAAGGAUAAUUGUCUAUAUAUUCUGAUCCUAAUUUCUGGAGAUAUAUAUAUAUUUCCGGAGACCAUACUUCUGUUCUUUUCUACAUGACUCAUUUUCUAUUUGCCCUUCCUUCUGCUUUUUGAAUGCAUCUUGAAAUUGCUCAAAGUACCGUAGGAGUUGUGCAUGUCUCUUGGGUAUUGCCCCAUGCCGCUAGAGUCACGUCUCGAUCAUUUUCCGAAUCCCACCCACUCACAGUAACUUAGUGAGAGUGAGAGUGGGUGCAGGUGUGUGCUUUUUUUUCUCUACAGGCCCUAAAGAUAGAGAGCACUGAGGAACCAAGUCAUUGCCUGAUUCAGACCCCAGCGGCCCCCAAGGAUCCCCAAUGGACAUCUGGGUUCAUCAUCUCCUGUUGUCUCAUACCAUACAUAUGCUAAUAUGUCUCUUUGUGGCUUUAGUGGUUUAAGUGUGCAGGGGCCCAUCAAUAACAGAGGUUAGAUAACUUUAGGUGCUAAGUAAUAUAUGAAGUGAUUCAUUUUAUUUAUCCACUAUUUGUCGAGAGAGAGCCCUGGC